AUGUCUGAUACAAUCGUACCACUUCCUAGUUCAAGCAACGAUGUAGGUUUGGCUCCAGAAAGUACUCCAAGUGGGGAACCCGUUACUAUAAAGUACAAAGGCGAAGAGUAUAGUGGGUUUAGUUCCGAUGCAGUUGUGACGAUUCCAGAUACUGGGAUAACUGGCAUCAAAUUACCAGUACUAGCAGUUAAAAAACAAUCGCCAGAUAUAGUUGGUAUCAAUCCAAAGUUUGAUGGAGUAUUUGGAUUUGGCUACUCCUCGUUGUCAAAGCAUCAUCCACCAGCCUCUGCGAUGGAUGUUUUGUACAGCAAUGAUGUCAUUCCCAAUAACGAGGUUAGUCUUCAACUAUGUCCAUAUGAUAUGCUGCAGCAAAGUUUCAUCAAUAUAGGAAACACGGGCAUAACUCCAAAAUGCGGGACAGAUGGAAGCAGUGUUGCAUGGGUAGACUCACCAACAAACGAUCAAUUUACUGUCAACAUCAAGAGUAUACUAGUCAAUGGCGAAAAAGUGGAGCUGCCUGCUGAAUUCCAAAAAAAAGUGGAACAUGGACAUACUUUGUACUCGCGUGUGGAAACAUGCUUUUUAUAUAUGCGUUUUCCCAAAGUAGUCGUGACAGCGUUGGUCAAUGCUAUUGUUGGUAGUGGUGCUAUCACUAUCAAGAAUAAGGUGCUUAAACGCAAGCACAAGCUCAGCCCGGAAGAUAUUGAUAACAUAUUCUGGAAACAUCAUCUAAUGAUUAGAUCCGAUUUUAAAAUCAAAUGGGAAAAGCUGCCGUCGCUUUCAAUUACAAUGCAUGCUAAAAAUCCCGUAACUGAUGACAACCGUGAUUCUGUUGUAACAAUUAAGUUGGGUCCCAAAGACUAUAUACAGAUAAUUGAUUCUAAACAUGACCUGUUUUCUGUGACAGCUGGUUCAAAUGACAAAGCAACUCUUGGUAUUCCAUUUAUUACUCGACUUGAAGUCACAUUUGAUUUACAAAAUACACGCAUUGGGUUUGGUCCUGGAUGUGGAUGCGAAACCGUGACUGAUGGAUAUCCUACUAUUUCAAACGGUGAUCAAGUGCUCUGGCCAUUAUCACAAUUGCCUGAACAACCAAGUACUUCAAGUUCAGAGGGCAGAUCUACUCUUAGGAGAUCAUUGUCGCGAUUUGGUAGUGCUCGUCGUGGUAGUAAGCAUUCAAAGGCCACUCACAAGAAAGCUUGA